UGCUAAAUUAGAUUUGCAUGUAAAACUCACGAUGAUCUCCAAUGGUUCCUGAAAUAUAGGAAGCUCCAACGGCUUUGAAUAAUUGGUGGACCAUCGGUUGCAUGCGCCGCCACUAUUUUUAGACGCAAAACACCUGACAGAGUCAUGCCGCCACUAUUUUUAGACGCAAAACACCUGACAGAGUCAUGCCGCCACUAUUUUUAGACUCAAAACACCUGACAGAGUCAUGCCGACGAACAAGUUCUGAGCGGUGCCGUCGCCUGAAUCAAUUCAUUCGGUGAUGGGUUCAAAUAGAUUGUUGUCAUCACAAUUACUUGAUGAAUCAUCAUCUGAUGACGACGAGGAUUUCAUACUUUCUGCUGCGCAAAUCAUUCAUACUGUUUCACAAGUUCGUAGAAAGCCAGGAGGCUCUGUUCCAGGUCGUGCAUAUAUUUAUCGAGAUAGAGAAGCGGGACACGCGAGAUUGUACCAAGAUUACCUGGCUGACAUUCCUACUUAUGGCCCAAACUUGUUUCGGCGGAGGUUUAGGAUGCAUCGAUCCCUGUUUAUUCGCAUAAUGAAUGCUGUUGAACAACAUGAUGAUUACUUUAAGCAAAAAAGAAACACGGCUCAACAACAAGGUUUAAGUUGUUUGCAGAAGGUUACUGCAGUAUUUCGUAUGCUAACUUAUGGAGUGGCAGCAGAUGCUACAGAUGAAUAUGUACGUAUUGGAGAAAGUACUGCGCUGGAAAGUCUAAGAAGGUUCGUUAAAGUUGUAAUUGACGUUUUUGGUGAGGAGUAUUUAAGAGCACCCAAUGAAAGCGAUAUACAUCGGUUACUUGCACUUGGCGAUGAAAGAGGAUUUCCUGGUAUGCUGGGUUCACUUGAUUGCAUGCAUUGGAGGUGGAAGAAUUGUCCAUCAUCUUUACAAGGUCAAUUUUCGGGCCAUCAUCACACGCCUACUAUAAUUUUAGAAGCAGUUGCUUCACAAGAUUUAUGGAUUUGGCAUGCUUUUUUUGGAUUACCUGGCUCUCUCAAUGACAUCAAUGUUCUUCAUCGAUCUCCCCUGUUCGCAAAAUUAUCAAAUGGAGAAAGUCCACAAGUGAAUUAUAGAAUAAAUAACCAUGACUGUUCAAUGGGAUAUUACCUUGCAGAUGGCAUAUACCCUUCUUGGGCAACAUUGGUUAAGACCAUACCAGAACCACGGGGCAAUAAAAGAAUCUACUAUGCGAAGGCACAAGAAGCGGCACGGAAGGAUGUAGAACGAGCCUUUGGGGUCCUUCAAUCUCGUUUUGCCAUUGUUCGUGGUCCAGCUCGUUUAUGGGACGAGGCGACACUAAGCAACAUAAUGAUAGCAUGUAUAAUUAUGCACAACAUGAUUAUUGAAGAUGAGGAAAGAGUCGAUCCGGAUGAACGUUUUGAGCACGGAGGAGAAAAUGUGGAGCCCUCCCAUGAGAUGACAACAGAUUUUGAUGAAUUUCUUAAGAAUCACAAGAAAAUUAGGAACCAAGAAACACAUUAUCAACUUAGAGAAGAUCUAGUUGAGCACUUGUGGCAACACCACCCAGAUUUAUAUCCUUAAGUUCAUUUGUUAAAGUUGUUUUUCUAUUUCCUGCAAGGUGAACACAAUAGAUUAUGUAAAGGACUAGAUAAUUUACUGCAUCAGCUCUUUCUGUUUGUAUCACACACCUGUACUCUUUGGAGCAGAUAAUCUAGUACAAGGUGAAAACAAUGAGUCGAUAUUGCUACUAUGAGCCUUGAAGGGCAAAUAGUUCAUAA